UUCCGCACGUGAGCUGGGUGCUGGUCUGGCCGGCGACGCGCGUGCCCUGUGGCCAAACACUGCCCGGAGUGAGAGCAAACUACCAGCGCAGUGGGGCCGGCGCAAGUGUGCGUGUGCAUGUGUGUGCGUGUGUGUGCGAGAGGGCGAGCGAGCGCGGUGUGGGGGGACCAACUGCUUCACACUUUCAACACUGCACUGAAGAGGGAGAGCGAGAGAGAGAGACUGGAGACGCACAGAUCCCCCCAAGAUCUCCUAAGGCUACCGUCCCACAGAUUAGAGAACAGAGCCCCAAAAAUCGAAAGAGAGGAAACGGACAGCGGUUGAACAUGGACGAAGGAAUUCCUCAUUUGCAAGAGAGACAGUUACUGGAACAUAGAGAUUUUAUAGGACUGGACUAUUCCUCUUUGUAUUUGUGUAAACCCAAAAGAAGCAUGAAGCGAGACGACAGCAAGGACACCUACAAAUUGCCGCACAGAUUAAUAGAAAAGAAGAGAAGAGACCGAAUUAAUGAAUGCAUUGCUCAGCUGAAAGAUUUACUGCCUGAACAUCUGAAAUUGACAACCCUGGGGCACCUGGAGAAAGCUGUAGUCUUGGAAUUAACUUUGAAACACUUAAAAGCUUUAACAGCCUUAACGGAGCAGCAGCAUCAGAAGAUAAUUGCUUUACAGAAUGGGGAGCGAUCUCUGAAAUCGCCCAUUCAGUCCGACUUGGAUGCGUUCCACUCGGGAUUUCAAACAUGCGCCAAAGAAGUCUUGCAAUACCUCUCCCGGUUUGAGAGCUGGACACCCAGGGAGCCGCGGUGUGUCCAGCUGAUCAACCACUUGCACGCCGUGGCUACUAAGUUCUUGCCCACCCCCCAGCUGUUGACUCAACAGGUCCCUCUGAGCAAAGGCACGGGCGCCCCCUCGGCAGCCCCCCCCGCCG